CUUGGUCAAGAAAUGAGAGCUGCUUUUAUGAUUCAAACGUAUUUGAAUCUGUCCAGGCAUGGCCUUCAGUCGUCCAGGACCGGCUUUCAAAGAAGCGGCGCCUCCAAAAUACCGGGUCACAGGUUAUGGCCCUAAUGAGGACAUUCGAAUUGUCCUGAUUGGAAAGACAGGAAAUGGGAAAAGUUCAUCAGGAAACACCAUCCUAAACCGAUUGGUUUUUAGGUCACUUUGCUCUGCGGGGUCUGUGACAUCGGAGUGCAGCAAGGCCAGAGGAGUGGUACACGGAUGCAGAGUCGCAGUGAUCGACACGCCAGGAAUAUAUGACACCAAGUACACAGAAGCUGAGCUGGGAAGGAAACUGAAGGAAUGCAUCUCUCUUUCAGCUCCUGGUCCCCAUGUCUUCCUGAUUGUGGUCAAGUUGGGAAAAUUUACGGAGGAAGAGCAAAAAACUGUUCAAUUCCUGAGCCAGGUGUUUGGUGAGAGGGCUGCGGCGUACUCCAUGGUUCUCUUCACUCAUGGGGAUCAGCUGAGAGGCACAACAAUCCAAGAAUAUAUUAGUGGAAGUGAGCAACUGUGUGAUUUGCUCUCAAGCUGUAGCUGGCGAUAUCACGUCUUCUCAAAUACAUUCUAUAAUCAUUGCCAGCUGGGUCAGCUGCUCGCAAAGAUCAAAAAGAUGAUCAGUGAUAAUGGAGGCUCAUAUUACACAAAUCCAGCAUACCAGGGGGCUGAGGAAGCAAUCCAGAAGCAAGCGAAGAGGAUAAUGGAGGUCAAUGAAGAGCAGAGACACAGAGAAGAAGAAAGACUAAGGACCAGGCUGGUGGGAGAACAGCUGCAGAAACGAAUUGAAGAACUUGAAGCAGAAUAUAAAAGAAAAUCAAGAGAAAAGGCAGAGAAAAAGAAUAAAUUUGUUAACCCUGCUAUGGUUGUAGCAACAGCUGAAGCGGGUGUUGCUAUUGGUCUUGCUGCAACAGCUGUUGGAGGUCCACUUUGCAUGGGUGUUGGAGCUGUUGUGGGUGGAGUUACUGGGGCGUUGGUGGGACUACUGGCACCAGGUGCAGGGAAAGCUUUGAAAGAGAAGUGUACUAUACAAUAAAGCCUAUUUGGGCCGUUUGGUAUGUCAAUCCCAAUCUUUUUCUAACCCUAAAUCAAGCAGUUUUGUGAGGCAUGUCUCACAAAUACUUAAAAAAUUAGUUUAGGUACCUAUAGCCACUUUUUUGCCUAAAGCUUUCCAAAAUCUUGUAAGAA